GAAGUUGGAGAAGAUGUGAUGCGACUCUAUUGGAGGUGAAAGAUGGCUAUUUGAACAGUUGGUUGAGACGGGAUCAGGCGUCCGGUGAGACGCUGGCCUGGGUCCGGAAGGAGCGCCCUUAGGCAUCAGCCCCCAAAGCGGAACAGCGUCCGUUUCUGCCUUCGCGAGAUCGACGCGUUCACACAUGAUAAGACGGCAUCGUACCACAAGCAUCGCCGUCAUUGUACCUAAAAUCUUAAACUCCGCCAACCUCACUACUUGUCAAGAUGGCAUCGCUUCUCACGAUACCCUUGGAACUACUGGUCACCGUCUCAGAGUACCUUCCUACCGAAGAUCUAGGAUCACUCCGCCUGGCGUGCAAACAGACCGAGAAGUCGCUUUACGAAUGGUUUUCGAAAGAGUUCUUUUUCAAGAAACAGUUCAUGCUUACGCACAAGAGUUUGCAAGCACUCAUCGACAUAUCCAAACACGUGAGCCUCUCCAAGAAACUAUCACAUAUCAUCAUUGCCACCAAUGUUUAUGGUGAGAUACCACUGCGGUUCAAGGAUGAAGAUGCCGCUACAUGCUAUAUACAAGGCUACGAGGAUCAAAAGACGUUGUUGAGUACAGGAAUCGAUCGCGAAAUGCUCACAGAAGCAUUUGAGCGUCUCGACAAUCUCUCCACGAUCGGGAUCCGCGACUUCAACGCUAGUAAUCGGGUUCGCGAUGGCAAGAGCUGGAGCUCCUGGGGUGCUACAACCGUUCACCGCGAGACCGGGAUUGAACUUCGCUUCUCCGAUCGCGACUCUUUCGCGCAUGAACUCGGUACACGUUUCGCAUCUCGCGUCUUUUCCAGUGUGUUGUACGCUCUGGGCAAGGCGAACCGUAGGCCAACUGAAUUCGAGGUCCUACUCCGCCAGCGUGGCCUUCCAGACACAGCGUUCUUCCUCCCAGAUUACAUUCGGCCAACCGUUGGGCCUAUACUUCAGAAUACAACUACAUUGCUGUUGAAUGUGGAUCUUAAGCCUCGCUACCUGCAUACCCACAGCAACGGAACGUCUGCCGACCCGAACGCGGGACGAUCACUUCGACGCUUUCUCCACUUUACCCCAAAUCUGGUACACCUCCGCUUGAACUUCGAGAAACAUCUGGUAGCCAACAAUGAGGACUAUCUGCAGUGGUUGGGUACUCCAGAGCUUGCUGCCGGUGCAAGUAGCGCGACCUUCCUUGAUCCCGCUACAAUCGCUUUACCACUCUUGAAGAAGCUCGAACUCGGCCAAUUGAGCGCUCGUGCUGACAUUCUUGUCGCUCUGAUCAAGAAGUUCGCAGCGACUCUAGAAGAUUUAAGUCUUUGGAGGAUGAACCUUCCCGCUGUUACCGCUGCGCCGUUCGGACACAAGCCCAAUUUCUGGAAGGAAUUCUUUCACAGGCUAUCCACAGAUAAGAAGCUUGCCCUCAACCAUUUGAAAGUCGGUAUCUUGCAGCAAGAUCACAUGCACGUGGGAUUCAAGCGAGAGGAUGCUGACGAUGAGUCAACGACAGCGACCAAAACGGUGAAGGAGCAUACGGGGGCGGAUAUGGGCAAGUUCUGGAAGGAGCUAGAAGAGGAAGUGACUGUGAAGUGGCCAGAAGAGAGACACCUGGUUAACGCCUCGGACGAAGAUGAAGAUGAGGAAAUGGGAGAUGACGAUGACAACGACUUUACCGACGAGGAUGAUGACGAUGACGACGACGAGUAGUACCAUGACUUCUUGCAUAGUGCAUGCUUACCACCUUAGAUAUUCCGUGGCUGCUUUCCGGAGCAAUGCUGACAAUGCACCGCGUUUCAAUUGCAACCUUUAUGACAUACGUAUUUGGCCGCACCUUUUGUUUCCUCUCAACUGCCUUCGUGUAUUAGUUUCCCACGCCCUGAAUAUGUUUUCUGCUCUGAUUAAGCAACUGUUCUUCUCCAAAUUCCGACAUCAGGCCCAAAACCUAAUGAAAAAGAUGACAAGAUACCGUUGACGGACACGCAUCAAUACGGUAUACACAACCUGUAAACAGAACGCGUUGGUUGAAUAGGAGAACGAACCGCACAUUGUUUUGUGCCUAAUGCUCAACCCCUCAAACGUCAUGUUUUACAAGCGACAAGCACCGGUUCAGAACGACUGUCUGUGUCCUAAAAUUUGCACCUACAAAACUAGUGCACAUA